AUGGAGGACAAUACGGACAGCAAAGAGAGCCGACAACAAUUCUUAUAUUCAGAGUUCAAUUUUGAUGUGACUUCAGAAUUUGGUCUUCCCGAAAGUGCGAUAUCUACAGUUUUGAUGGCACUAAGUCUCGCAAGAGACCUCCCCGACGCCUUCAAGAACCCGAAAAUCGAAACCAUACUAAAAGAAGCACUAAACAGAAUCUGGCUAAAGCUCUUAACAAUGCCGUCUUAUGUCAUGACGAGAAACGAGUUCGCGGUUUUCAACUUCUUCCAAGACCUAGAUCUUGAUAGUACGUUAGUUGCGAUAGCUAUUAACGCGAGGGCUCGUUAUUGGGACGAAACUCAUGGCGAUGCCUAA